UAACAUGGCAACUAUUGAGUUUGGUGUCGAUUCUUCUCGCAUUUGAUAAAAAGAGUUAAUUUCAGAAGCUUAAGAUUUAGGGAAUGGAGGGUGAAGGGCGCCGUGGCGCUGAUGCCACAGCUGAUAAUGCCUCUAUGGGUUAUAUGUUAACUGUAGGGGUUAUGGAAGAAGUUCUCGAGAAACUAAAAUUGCUUGACUACGAGACGGAAUUCUGCAAACAGAUGGGGUUCAGACCUUUGUCAAGGCACUACUUUGCAGUGGCAACUAACCCAGGGGAGCAGUUUUUUACCUUCACAUCAUUAGCAGCUUGGUUGUUUACACGUUGUGACAGGAACUUUGAACAACCUCAAGAGUAUGAUGACCCUAAUGCUACUGUGUCCAGCAUUUUGGAUGAACUUAAAAAACUGAAUGUUGGAGCAGAUUUUCCACCAGCAAAAUUGAAAACAGGAACAGGAGAACAGGUUUGCUAUGUAAUUGAUAAACUUGCAGACGAGGCUCUGAAAGUCAAGAAAUUUGGCUGGAAAAAGCCACAACAUGAACAGGAAGACUUUGAGGAGGAAACAAUGGAAGAUGAUGAAGCUGAACUGACACUGAACAAAGUGGAGGAAGAAAUGAUAGAUGAAACAGAGGAAGAAAUUGAAGAAGAAGACAGUUAUCUAGAUCUGGCAGGAAUGAAGCAGCAGUCACAAAUGAAUGAGAUUACUGAUUCAUCAAAACCUGAGUCUGUGAUGGAGUCAACUAUUGAUGCUGCCGAGUGGAAACUUGAAGUUGAAAGAGUUCUGCCUCUACUGAAGGUUCACAUUAGAACUGACAACAAGGACUGGAGGACACAUUAUGAACAAAUGCAACAACACAGUGAAGGAAUUAAAUCUUCUCUAACAGAGACAAAGGGUCAUCUUGACAAACUACACCAUGAAAUCGGCAGGACACUUGAGAAAAUAGGAAGUCGCGAAAAGUACAUCAACAAUCAGCUGGAACAUUUGCUACAAGAAUUUCGGAGUUUACAGGACACUUUAGCUGAGACUAAAGAACGUUACAAGCAAGGCUCUGGGGGAGUAACUGACCUCACCAAGUCAUUAUCACAGAUCACUGAAGAGCUUGAGUCUGUCAAAGCACAGAUGGAUGAAAGAGGAACAAAUAUGACUGAUGCAGGUCCAUUAGUCAGAAUAAAACAAGCUUUGACAAGACUUAAACAGGAAGUUCAACAAAUGGAAGUUCGUAUUGGAGUGGUUGAACACUCCCUUCUCGUUGCUAAAAUCCGUGACCGUAGCGCCAUUAGAGAAGACAUGCAUGCCCCAGUCUCUGACGCAGCUACGUUUGGAGAUUUCAAACCGUUUUAGACUGGACCGAUCGUCACAUGACAUGUGAAAGCAGAGUAGGAACCUAAUUUAACAUUACUUUGUAGUUCCAAAUUUACUACGAAAGGAUUUUCAGUCAUACCACAAACCAUAGUAAGGAAUGGAACUGAAACUGGAAAGUAAUCAAAAACGUUUAAAUUGCAGUGAAGUUUCUGCAGAGUGUUCUUCAAACGCAUCUGUCAUCAUUACACCUUUCAGCUUGGCGUGCUCCUGGCCGUAUAUUAGUUUCUUCUCGUAAAGCGUGAGGCAACUUUCUCUUUGGAAGCACACCAACAUUAAUUUAAUGACUUUUGUGUGAAAUUCCAGUGACUCAUUUUACAGGUUCGGCGAUUCUACAUUUCCGAGAACUUUUCUUGUUAGAAUCAAUAUUAUAAGAACACCCUCUCCUCCCUAGAGUUAUUCAUGUAAUAUAAUGGCGUUCAUCUGAUAACUGUUAAAUUAAAAAGUGGUUUAAACCA